AAGCAGGCACAUAAUUAUUAUGUCGUAUCAAUCACAACAGUUUAGUUUUGGCCUUCGCAAGUAACUUAUUUCUAAUCGAUAACCAUGGACUCCUCAGACGAUUUCUCCGACGAACUUUCUGGUCCUGAAACCCCAUCGGAUGCUUCAUCUGAUUCUGGUCCUGAGACCCCAUCGGAUGCUUCGUCUCAAUCUGGUGCCGAGACUUCCUCAAGUGAAGAUGAAGCCGAUCGCCAUUGCAAAGCAGAAGGCAAUGCUGGGAUGGCCGACGUCAUCUCCAAAAUGCUUGGAAAGGACGCAGAUGGAAGUCAGCCUGUGAUAUUGUCGAAACGUAAAGCAAAGCACAUCGCAGAAUUCAAAGCUGAAGCAAAGAAAAAGAAGCUGGCUGUGGCUACACGGCGUGACUGGGAGGAGAGGCAGCAUACCGUGCCCAACCUAGCCCGCGAUGACCUUGAGCGACGACUCCAUGCAACUGCUACCAAAGGAGUGGUAAAGCUCUUCAACGCCGUCAGUAAGCAACAGAAGAUCAUAAAAGAAAAGCUGGAGGAGGCGCCGACAGAAGCAAAGCGAGAGAAAGUUGUCACGGCGAUCUCAAAGGAUAACUUCUUAGAUAUGCUUCGUGGCGGUAACACUAUGGUGACUGGACCGAUUGCACGAAAGAAGACUCCAGAAGAGAAACCAUCGGUUGAUGAAACGCGGAAAGAAACCCUCAAGUCCAUACAAACAUUGAUGUAAUUAGUAUCUUGACUGCCCAUAACAACCUACUGUCUUUCCUUGCCUGCUACUGUUUUAUAUAACUUUUUAAUCAAACCGUGUACAUAAACAUGAUAGUGCAGUGUAUGAAGCUUCGUACUCCAUAUUCUUUUGUUGACUAACAAUCCAUCAUCAACUUGCCAUGAAACUAGAGUAACACGCAGCUUUUAACUUGCUCCA